GUUGCGACCUCACGCUGCUGGCGGACGCGGGCGCGCGCAUCCGCUGCCACGGGGCGCUGCUCCGGGCGCGGUGCCCUGCGCUGCCCCAGCCGGACGAGAGCGGGGCGAUCGAGGCGCGGCAGGAGGAGGCCGACGCCGUUUACGCGCUCCUGCGCUGGGUGUACUGCGAG